GCGAGGUGUGGGAAGCCGGGGGCGGGAGGAGGUAAGGAGUGGGGCCGCCUGCGGCGGAGAGGAUGGCGGAGGUGGCCGGCACUGUGCUCGGCGUGGGCACUGGCGUGUUCGUCUUAGCUCUGGUCUGGGUGCUGGCGCUGCUGCUGUGUGCGGUGUUGUCCAGAGCCUCCGGUGCAACCAGGUUCUCCGUGGUUUUGGUAUUCCUCGGUGCUCUGCUCAUCACGGCAGUCCUGUUGCUCUUCCCCCGCGCCAGUGAAACCCCAGCCCCAGAGGUCGAGAUGAAGAUUGUGGAUGCCUUCUUCAUUGGUCGCUACGUCCUGCUGGCUUGCCUCACUGCUGUCUUCCUCGGAGCUCUCUUCUUGGUUCUAACUCAUCACAUCCUGGAGCCAAUCUAUGCCAAACCACUGAGGUCCUACUGAGCGCUGCUCACGAAAACUAAGACCCCGUCCUCUCCCUCACUUGGAUGUUACUCAUGAGCAAAGGGCACGAGUUGGAGAGCCUUGUUUUGAUAGCCUUCAUGCCUGAAGACCGGGGGAAAUCCAUUCAUUGCUAAGACAGAUCCCUUGAGUCCUGGCUUCCAGACACGGGGCUGCUGGUUGAGCAUCGACCUAUGAGCCGGAAGGUCACGGUUUGAUUCCCGGUGUGCAGGAGGUGGCCAAUCAGUGAUUCUCUCUCAUUGAUGUUUCUCUCUCUCUCUCCCUCUCCCUUCCUCUCUGAAAUCAA